CUCUAGAUUAACAUUCACUUUCACGUUUUCAAAAGAAACAAAAAAGUUUUCAAAUUGUUACAAAGUCUAUUCACCCCUCCUCUAGACUUUGUAUCUCACCACUUUGGGACCACCAAUUGGUAUUGGAGCAAACUUCUCACUAUCUACAUUUAGAUUAACGACAAGCGAUCAUAAUGGUGAACAAUAUGGAUCACGGUUUGCCCAAGUUUUCUCUUCUAGGUUAUGAUGAUUGGAAGAUCAUGAUGGAAGCACACCUCUACGCUCUACAUGAUUGCAUGUGGAUGGUGCUUGAAGAUGGACCCUUGAAAAUCCAAAUAGAGAAUCCUGAGAGGAAUCCAGCCAAUCCUGAUAUUGUCCAGUACAUUCCAAAGCCCAAGGAGAAAUGGGAUGAUAGAGAUUGCAAGAAGCACAAUCUGGACAACGUCGCCAAAGCAGCCAUCUUCAAGACACUUGAUCCCAUCACCUUCUCCAAGAUCAAGCAUCUCAAGACUGCCAUGGAGAUUUGGCAAGGUCUUGGGAAGCUGUGUAAGGGAUCGGAGGAUCUAAGAAAGCAGAAGAUAGAGGUCCUACUUGAGAAGUUCAAAAGCUUCAAAAUGCUUCCCAUAGAAUCAUUUGAUAUGUUGGAUGAAAGAUUCCACAAAAUUUUAAAUGAUCUUGCAUCACUUAACCACGUUCUUUCUCCCGAAGAAAAGAAUGUAAGGUUACUGAGAUCACUUCCAACUGAGUGGUACACCAAAGCCACAGCCAUGGAAGAAGGAAGAAACCUGGAGAACUACACUGUCCAAGGUCUCCUUGAUGAGCUCAGAACCUAUGAGCAUGAGUUGAUGAAAAAGAAGGAAGAACAAGUCACUCCCUUCCCCACGACAUUGAUAACAACUCCCAGAGUCCCACCAAGUGAAGGGACAUGCCCACGGAACUGUGACACACCUUCCUCCAGCCAGCCGUCAAGCUCAAAAAUGGAGAACUAUGAUGAGGAAUUUGCCAUGAUGGUCAAACAAUUCCGGAAGUUCAAGAAGUUCUUCAAGAAAGCUGACUUAGUCAAAAGGCCAUCCAAGGGAAAGCCACAGUCAGCGUGCCCGUACCCAAAAGUGGAGAAGUACGGAGAAAGAGAAAGGAACGAAAAGAAAAAGAAAGCAAUGGUUGCAGCUGAAAGUGACGAGUCAUCCAGCUCAAGCUCGGAUGAAGAAGCCCUCGUCUGCAUGGAGCGCAGAGCUGAGAAGUCCAACCAUGAGGAUCGGCGGACUAUGUCAGAAGAUGACACCCUCUGCCUGAUGGCCAAGGAGAAUGCUGACCAAGAGGUAACUUCACAAACCUCCUGUUCAUCUUCUUAUGAAAGCAUACCAACUUCUAAAAGUCUUUUUGACAAGUUCAAAAAAAUGAUGGAAGAUUUUGAGGAAAUAAAUCUCAAACACUCAUCGUUAACAGAGGAGAACAAGCUAUUGAGUGAAGAGAAUCUCAAGUUGACUGAAGGUCGGAAAAGUCAACUAGAUGAGAUCACUCAACUCAAAACUGAAAAUGAAUCUCUCUCUGAAAAGGUGAAAUCCCUCAACAAGGAGCUAGGGAUACUUAAGUCCAAAGAAGCAGUGGAUAAGCUUCUUGAAACGACCAAACAAAAGGGUCGUGAAGGACUUGGGUUUGACCCCUCCAGUUCCAAAAGGAAAGGGAGAAUAACUUUCAUCCCUCCCAAACCUACUGCCAAAACCAAUAAGCAGAAAGGAAAGGAAAAGGAGAAAUCCACAGAAGUUCCCAAAAAGAAAGCCGCUAAGUACCCAGGUAUCUGGUACUUAGAUAGUGGUUGUUCAAGACACAUGACGGGUGAUGCGAGUCUUUUGAGCAAUUUAAUUCCCUAUGAUGGUCCAAGAGUUACUUUUGGAGAAAGCAAUGAUUUUGGUCUUACUAAAGGGCUAGGAAAUCUGGUGUACAAAGGACUAACCAUCGAAGCUGUAUCUUAUGUAGAAGGUCUCAAUUAUAACCUUCUAAGCAUAAGUCAGUUUUGUGAUAAAGGUUACUCCUUGGAAUUCUGCAAGGACAUGACAUCCCUCAAGAACAUCUCCACAAAUGAAGUCAUUCUCACUGGGAAGAGAAUCAGAAACAUCGAUGAAGUGAUGUGGGACGAUGUCAAUGAAGCAUGCCUAAUCAGCAAAGGUGCCCUUCUAUGGCUUUGGCAUAAGAGGUUGAGUCAUCAGAACUUCAAAACUCUCAACAAGCUAUCCAAAGAAGGGUUAGUAGAAGACAAGGAUGAAGAAGUCAAUGAAAGAGAUAGAAUGAAGCUUACGGAGUUCAUUCCAUUCGGAAGUCUACCACUGAAGACUUCACAAAGAAAUCCAGAUUCAGACAGUGCUGAGCCUACCGGAAAUCAUGGCCAGCCUUCCAAUAUCCCGGAUCACUCAAAUGGCGACAAUUCCGGAAAUGGCGAACCAGUGCCAAUCCAUCCGGAAUCACCAACAAAUUCUGUUCUUCAACCAGAAGCUGAACUAGAUCAACCAGUCAAUCCUAAUCAACACAAUCUUCGUUGGUUAAGGGAUCAUCCUCCUCAACAAGUCAUUGGAGAUAUUCAAUCAUGCGUUCGCACAAGGAGUGCUCAACAGAAUCUUGAAGUCAUGCUUGCUUGUUUCAUCUCACAAGUGGAACCAAAUAGGGGUAGGUUCGGUUUUAACGGUUCGGUUUUUACCUAAAACAAAAGACAGAACGAAAGGCAUUUUGGCGGUGCGGUUCGGUUUUGUAAAAAAAAAAAGAGAACCAAUCGUCAUACGGUUCGGUUUUUAGCGGUUUGAAUUUCGGUUUUUUUCAACUCAUUCGGGUUUCAAAAAAAUUAAUUUAAAACUUAAAAGUAAAAUAAUAUUUUAAGUAGAGACCUAUUAUUAAAUAGAUAUGCCAAACAAUUGGUAGAGAGUAAAGUUUGCAAACCUACAAGUAAAAUAAUAAAUAAACUACAAUUACAAGCAAAAAAACUAGGAGAAAUGUUGCAAUUUGCAGUAAAAAACUGUAAAACUG